UCAAAAAGUUGCAUGAUUAUAUUGAAAUGAGGAAGUUUGGGUUUGAAGGAAUUGUUGUUAUUUCGAACAUGUUUAUUAAAUUUAUUUCUAGGCGACGUUUCGCCCGAAAGUGUGUUUGCUUUCUGUGAUGGAUUAAUUAAUGGGUUAAAACAAGAACUGUUGACUUUUUGGAGGAAAAACUUCUUGGAACAUUGAUGAUAGAAACUGAACGUUAAUACGAACUUAACAAAUGGUAUAAUAUACAAGUUUUAUAUACUCUAUAAAACAAACAUAAAGGCGUGAUGUAUUGCAACAAUCCCAACAACACAACGCCAGCAAACGUGGAGGCCAUAUCGGCAGUAAGCUGCACCUUGUCAAUCUUGGGCGCUAUCGUGAUCUUUAUGACAUACAUUUUCAUACCGGAAAUACGGAACACCACGAGGAAAUUGGUCACGUGUUUGACUGUAGCAGACCUCUUUACUCCUUUUGGGUAUUUAACCUCCAUCAUAUACCAUGAAUCAAAAACGGGUGCAAAUGAUACCCUGUUCUGUACAAUACAGAGUGUUGUGACCACAUACUCAAGUCUGGUGUCAUUCUUCUUGACAGUCUUCAUUGCUCUGCAUCUCUUUUUGGCAGUCCUCCGUCCGCAGAAUAGCCCACGUGGUCUCAUUUUGCCUGUGGCUAACAUUAUAAGUUGGGGUGUUCCAGGUAUCAUUAUAAGUGUGGCGCUGGCUGAAAAUAUGCUCGGAAGGGAAGCAAACGAUUCAACGACUAUCGGAACGGGGUCGUGGUGCUGGGUCAAAUGCAAAGAAAGCGACACCCACAAGACACUGUUUUACAUGUAUUUUACCGGGAAAGGCUUUGAAUUGCAGUGCUAUUUGUACACAGCAGCUCUCUAUGUUUUAAUGAAGCUGCGAAUACAUCUCGUACACAGACACAGAAGCCUUCAUGCUAUCCAGCCAGAUUUACGAGACGAUGACCAGAAUUUCGUUUAUGUGUGGCUGGUCCUUCUCAUGAUACGUAUUUGGGGUACGAUCCGAUUCUUUCUACGAGCAAUCCCCAAGAGUGCCAGUGAUGUGAAUGAUGAAAUGGAAAGAGUUGAUAAGGUUUUAACAUACUUUCAGGCCAUUGGGGAUCCAAGCCAAGCCUUUUGCAAUUGUAUACUGUUUUGCUUACUGGACGGUGAUGUGCGGGCAAAAAUUCUGGGAUAUAUUUCAUGUAGGACCUCAAAUACUCAAACCAACUAUAUGGAUACUGUAGAAGAUACAGAGAAUGACUUUACGUCGGCUGUUGCCUCGAAUGGCAACGUUGAUUUUAGUCCUCUGUUUGGUCAUAAAUCAAUAAAGGAUAAUGGAAGACGGAGAUAUGGCUCUUGUAGCGAGCUUCUCCAUGAGAGCGUUAAUCAACAUAAUGAAACUUAUGAACGCUUAUAUACUUCAACGCGAUGAUCCGUAGUUAAAUGGCAAUACUAGCGGGACACAUGAAUUUGGAUGUGUACAUUCACUGGCAAUUCCGAGUGCUUAUUUAAACAAUGCGGAAUUCCAAUGUCGUGAUAGUUUUAGUGUUAGUUUAAUCAAGAUUUCUUUAAUUGUGCAUUUUUGGCUUCCGGAACCCGAUGGUGGACAAAUGAUCUCUGGGCACAUGCUUUGUUAAUUGUUAUAUAGUGAAUAUAUAGUGAAAUUACAUAAUGAUAGUUGAAAUAAUGAGAUUGGUGAUUAUUUUUUUAUUGCUGUCUGUCAGAGGAUUUUCCUCGUUAUACGACAUUGU